AUGUCUGAAAUAACUUUAGGCCGUUAUUUGUUUGAAAGGUUAAAGCAGGUUGAUGUGCAGACUAUCUUCGGUCUACCAGGUGACUUCAAUUUGUCCCUAUUGGACAAAAUAUAUGAAGUUGAUGGAAUGAGAUGGGCUGGUAACGCUAAUGAAUUGAAUGCUGCUUACGCUGCUGAUGGUUACUCAAGAGUUAAGGGUAUGUCAUGUUUGGUGACUACUUUCGGUGUUGGUGAGUUGUCAGCGUUGAAUGGUAUUGCUGGUUCUUAUGCAGAGCACGUGGGUGUUUUACAUGUGGUGGGAGUUCCAUCUACGUCGGCACAAGCCAAGCAGUUGUUGUUGCACCACACUUUAGGUAAUGGUGAUUUCACUGUUUUCCACCGGAUGUCUUCGAAUAUUUCUGAGACGUCGGCUAUGAUUACUGAGUUGACUUCCGCUCCAGCUGAGAUAGACAGAUGUAUUAGAACUUGUUACAUUACCAAAAGACCUGUUUACUUGGGGCUUCCGGCUAACAUGGUAGACCUCACGGUCAGCUCGAAGUUAUUGGAAACUCCAAUUGAUUUGGAGUUGACGCCUAAUGAUGAGGAAGCAGAAAACGAAGUCGUCAACACAGUUUUGGAGUUGAUUAAGAAAUCAAAAAACCCUGUAAUCUUGGCGGACGCGUGUGCUUCUAGGCAUGAUGUCAAGAAGGAAGCUAUUGAUUUGAUAAAUGAGACUCAAUUUCCAGCCUUUGUUACACCUAUGGGUAAAGGGUGUAUCGAUGAAAGCCAUAGCAGGUUCGGUGGUGUCUACGUCGGUACCCUAUCUUCUCCCGAAGUCAAGGAUGCAGUGGAGUCUGCUGACUUAGUUCUAUCUAUCGGAGCCCUUUUGUCUGAUUUCAACACUGGGUCUUUCUCAUACUCUUACAAGACCAGAAAUGUGGUGGAGUUCCACUCCGACCAUGCUAAGAUUAGAAAUGCUGUCUUUGCAGGCGUUCAGAUGAAAUUCGCUCUACAAAAGCUUGUAAAAAUGAUUUCUGAUAUCAAUCUUGAUUACACACCUACCCCUGUUCCAACAGUAAAAGCCGGAGCCAAGGUUGACGAUCCUUCGACACCAUUAAAACAGGAAUGGAUAUGGGAAAAUGUGUCUAAGUUCUUCCAAGAAGGCGAUAUUAUAAUUACUGAAACUGGUACUGCAGCGUUCGGUAUUGUCCAAUCUAAAUUUCCUAAGGAUGCUUAUGGUAUUUCUCAAGUUUUAUGGGGCUCAAUUGGUUUUACAACAGGCGCCUGUUUGGGAGCCGCUUUUGCUGCGGAAGAGAUAGAUCCAAAGAGAAGAGUGAUGCUAUUUAUUGGCGAUGGUUCAUUGCAAUUAACUGUUCAAGAGAUCUCUACCAUGAUAAGAUGGGGAUUGAAGCCAUAUUUGUUCGUCCUAAACAAUGAUGGUUACACAAUUGAAAGAUUAAUUCACGGUGAGAAGGCUCAAUACAAUGAUAUCCAGCCAUGGGACAACUUGAAGUUAUUGCCAUUAUUCAAUGCUAAGGAUUAUGAAGCCAUUAAGGUUUCAACAACCGGUGAAUGGGAAAAGGUCAUGAACAACCCAGAUUUCAAGAAGAAUGACCGAAUUAGAAUGAUAGAAGUUAUGCUCUCUGUUAUGGACGCUCCAUCUAGUUUGAUUCGCCAAGCAAAACUCACUGCCGAAACAAAUGCUCGGCAGUGA